CACUAAAAGGGAGGAAUAAUAACUAGUCAAGACAGAUACCAUCUAAAAAUAAAAAUAAAAAAUAGUUGAGACAGAGAAGAGGAUCCCAAACCAGUAAGAAAAAAUGCAUCUUGAUUCUUGACUCCAUAAGACUUUCUUCUAUUCUUAUAUCAUUGUAAGUUAAUACAAUUCUCAAAAUCAAACCAAAAAAUGAGAACCAAACACCACCACCACCACCUCUCGUCACUCCUACUCCUCUUCCUCUUCCUCUUCCUCUUCCACCACCACUCAGAAGCCCAACAACCUCCAUCACCACCACCAAACACCACGGGCUACACCUGCACAGCCAACAACAACAACCACUCCACCACCUCAGCCACCUAUCCAUGCCAAACCUAUGCCUUUUUCACAGCCAUGUCUCCUGACUUCCUUGACCUAGCCUCCAUCGGCGACCUAUUCUCCGUUAGCCGCCUCAUGAUCUCAAACCCUAGCAACAUCUCUUCCCCCACCACCCCUCUCCUCCCCCACCAACCCCUCUUUAUUCCUCUCACAUGUUCUUGCAAUCCCAUCACCAAUGGCUCUACCACUACAAGUCUCUCCUUUGCCAACCUCACUUACACUAUCAAAAAAGAUGACACUUUCUACUAUCUCUCCACCCACAUCUUCCAAAACCUCACCACAUACCAAUCUGUCCAAUUUGUCAACCCUAAUCUCAUCCCAACCCUCCUCAAAAUCGGCGUAAGAGUCGUGUUUCCAAUCUUCUGCAAGUGUCCAAACACAACCCAAUUGCAAAACCAAGAAAACUAUCUCAUCAGCUAUGUGUUUCAACCUUCAGACACAAUACCCUCCAUUGCUGCUAGGUUUGGUUCAACAACACAGUCCAUAGUUGAGAUCAAUGGUGGUGAAAUCCAGCCUUUCGAAACUGUUUUCGUUUCGGUUCCAAGGCUUCCUACGCUAGCACAGCCUAGUGUUUUUGCUUCAUCUUCUGAGAAGAAUGAGCAAAAAGUUCAUGUGAUUGGAUUGGAAAUUGGGUUGGGAGUUUGUGGGGUCUUGUUGGUUUUGGUUGGUGGGUUGUGGGCUUAUAGAGAGGCUUUUGUGAAGAAGAGGAGGGAGAAGGGGUUGGUGAAGGAGGUGACAGUGAGUUUGAUGGCUAAUGUGUCAGAUUGCUUGGAUAAGUAUAGAGUAUAUGAGAUUGAAGAACUGAGAGAAGCAACUGAUGGGUUUGAUCAGAGAUGGAUGAUUCAUCGGUCUGUUUACAAAGGUUGCAUUGAUGGAGGGGUGUAUGCUAUCAAGAAGAUGAAGUGGAAUGCUUGUGAAGAACUCAAGAUCUUGCAGAAGGUAAACCAUGGCAAUUUGGUGAAGCUAGAAGGAUUCUGCAUAGACCCUGAAGAUGCAAAUUGUUACCUAGUCUACGAGUACUUUGAAAAUGGAUCUCUUCAUUCAUGGUUGCAUGAACACAAUGAGAAAUUAAAUUGGAAAACAAGGUUAAGAAUUGCCAUUGAUGUAGCCAACGGUCUCCAAUACAUUCACGAGCACACGAGGCCAAGGGUAGUUCACAAAGACAUCAAAAGCACCAACAUUUUGUUAGAUGCAAACAAAAGAGCCAAGAUUGCCAAUUUUGGACUAGCAAAGUCCGGUUGCAAUGCCAUAACAAUGCACAUUGUCGGAACUCGAGGCUAUAUUGCCCCUGAAUACUUAGCCGAUGGAUUGGUUUCUACUAAAAUGGAUGUUUUCUCAUUUGGGGUGGUUUUGCUUGAGCUUGUUUCGGGAAGGAAAGCCAAGGAUGAAAAAGGGAACCUCCUCUGGAUGAGUGUCAAAGGAGUUUUGGAUGGAAAUGAAAAUAGAAAAGAGAAGAAUUUGAAGGGUUGGAUGGAUGGUUUUCUUCUAAAUGAAGUGUCUUGUUCAAUGGAGAGUGUUAUGAAUGUAAUGGUUGUCGCGAUUGCUUGUUUGCAUAGAGAUCCUUCCAAGAGGCCUAGUAUGGUGGACAUUGUUUAUGCAUUGUGCAAGAGUGAUGAUCUUUUUCUUGAUAUCUCAGAGGAUGGACUAUCACCUCGUCAAGUAAAUGGAAGGUGAGCAUGAUUCAUGCUAAUUGAUGAGGAACUUUUUGUGUGUAUAGCUGCAUGAUUUUGUAACGAAAUAAUUUAGAUAUGGAGUUCCUUUAUAUUUGAUUACUGAACUUCGAGCAUCCUUAUGAGACUAUCUAAAUUUUACUCUAAAAUAUCAUUAAA